GAUCGCGAGGAGCCGGGUAUUAAAGGAAAAGAGGGACAUAGAUGUACCUCACUGUAUUUCGGGCUCUUACGAUGACGGGUAACGCGUUAGUUUCCCGGGAGCCCUUGCUAUUGGGGUUGUUAUGCUUGCUUAUUGCAGCGCCCAGCCUCUGUCAGGAUAAAGAAUGUAACCAAUCGCUGGGUCUGGAAUCAGGAGAUGUAAAGAAAGAGCAGCUGAAGUCCUCGCCCAUCCGGGCGGGCCUAGAUGUAGAGUACGGGCGGUACAAUUGCUGUGUGGACAAACCUUUCGCCGCCUGGUGUCCGUCCAACUUGACGGUGGAGAACUGGUACGAGGUGUCGUUUGAUGGCCCCCAUAACGUCACCGGACUCCGGGUGCAGGUGCCCGUAAAUAAUGUCUCCACCCACGAUCCCUACCUCACGGAAUUCUCUGUCUUCCUGGAGCACGCAUCGGACAAGCUGGGUAGUUUGCGACUGUUCCAGCACCCUGGGAAUGACUCAAUUUUCCAAACAAGUCUCGUUGACAACGAGACAGAGUUCCAAUGGCCUGGGCAGCUGGUAAGAAGAAUCAGAAUAGUGGUCAGAAAUUACACGACCGAGCCUUGCUUCAGACUGGAGGUCCUCGGGUGUCCAAUAGAUGCUAUAACGGAAAAUGUUGUCCCAGUUAAGAUUCAGCCUCCCAAGCUGCGGUUCAUGUACGUGGAUAUGUCUUCCAUGUCUAUGGAGUGUAUGGUACAGGACAAGAAGGUGUACGGCGUUCGUUACUGGGUGACCUGGACUGUUAACGGUCAGCAAAGGGACAGAUCUUUAAUGAGGACCGGCCUAUACAGCUCUGUGCUAAAGCUUUCAUCCCAAGAUUUCAAUUCAUUAAGUUCAAAGAUUGAGUGUUCUGUUGAGGCUUGCUAUGCCGCAGACUGCAACAACAUCACAAGUAGUAGAGUCACCAGCCCAGCUUUCAGACCAGAAGUCAUGGUAACCAGCAGAAAGUCUUUGGCGGUCAAGGAAGGUGGUCCCUCCCAGGAGAUCAAGAUACAGGCCACUGUUCCCCCCGUACUGUUCUGUCUGGCCGCUGGCAAGGAGGGUGACUGUACGGUAGCUGUCAAGGCCAGCACUGAGUCAUUGGAGAGAAGCCCGCCGACUUGUUCACAAGGAUUGGAGCCAUCCCAGGUUGUGUUCCCAGAGAAGGAAGGCUCAACAGAUUCCUGUAAUGUCAAACUGACCGAAGCAAACUGGAGAAGUGAAAUCAGUAUCCCGAUCCAGGCAGCACAGGAUGGCGUCAUUGACGGAAAUCAGCGGGUGCAAGUGUCACUGACAAACAGGAUCGAUACCGUCACUGACAUCAACACUGUCAAAACUGUCGAGGUUUGUGUGUACAUCUGUACUCUCAUUGCUGAAUUUUUAGUGACUAGCUGA